CUCAAUCUCUCGCUCUCUCACUUAGGAAUAGUUACUCAGGCUACAGGGACCUUGAGAGUACAUUUGGGCAUUUCGUUUAGUCAGAGAGAGACACAGGCACAUAGAAGGGAGUAGGAGGAACACUGAUCUUGCUGUCCCACAAUACGGUCCUGUGCAGUACCUCUGCUUGUUUGUAGUGCUGGAAGUGAGCAUCAAGGAGGAUGCCUGUAUUAAAUAGAUUCUUGAACUCAGAGCUAGGCAGAAGGUGGAUGGCAGGUGAGGAGCUGCUUCCUAGCUCUGUCUGGACACUCUCCACCUACCAGCAAGGAGCACUGACUCUGGAGCUGCCUGAGUUAAUCCAACUGGUCAAGCCGUUGUGGAAAUCCAAGCACAACCUGCAGGGACCAAAGAAAAGAGGAAUGUUUGAAAAUGAAGACGCCCUGUCUGAUUAUCAAGGAGAUGCACAAGUGAGAGGGCAAGCAGGGGUUCUCUCUGAGCGCAGAGGAUCCUUCCCGUUCAUAGACUUCCGAUUACUAAACACAACAGCAAAUUCAGGAGAAAUCGGCACAAAAAAAAAAGUGAAGAGACUGUUAAGUUUCCAGAGGUAUUUUCACGCGUCCAGACUGUUGCGUGGAACUGUGCCACAGACCUCUCUACACCUUUUAGACGAAGACUACCUUGGACAAGCAGGGCACAUGUUGUCGAAGGUUGGAACGUGGAAUUUUGACAUUUUCUUGUUUGACCGACUCACCAAUGGAAACAGCCUGGUUACUCUUUUAUGCCAUCUUUUUAACAGCCACGGUCUUAUUCAUCAUUUCCAGCUCGAUAUGGUGAAAUUGCACCGGUUUCUAGUUAUGGUGCAGGAGGACUACCACAACCAGAAUCCUUACCACAAUGCUGUCCAUGCUGCUGAUGUAACUCAAGCCAUGCACUGCUACCUAAAGGAGCCCAAGCUUGCCAGGUAUCUCACCCCUCUCGAUAUUUUCCUGGGACUGUUGGCAGCUGCAGCUCAUGAUGUUGAUCACCCAGGAGUCAACCAACCCUUUCUGGUCAAAACCAAACACCACCUUGCAAGCUUGUACCAGAAUGUGUCCGUAUUGGAAAACCAUCACUGGAGGUCGACAGUGGGCAUGCUCCGCGAGUCAGGGCUCCUGUCCCACCUGCCUGUGGAAAUGACGCAAGAAAUUGAACAACAGUUGGGUUCCUUAAUUCUGGCAACAGACAUUAGCCGGCAGAAUGAAUUUCUUGGGAGUUUUAAAAUUCAUCUGGACAACGAUGCUCUGAGUUUGGAAGAUGCAGAACACAGGCACUUCAUACUGCAGAUUGCUCUGAAGUGCGCUGACAUCUGCAACCCUUGCCGGGUGUGGGAGAUGAGCAAGCAGUGGAGUGAGAGAGUCUGCGAGGAGUUCUACAGGCAAGGUGACCUAGAGAGAAAGUUUGAACUUGAAAUCAGCCCUUUGUGUAAUCAGCACAUGGAUACCAUUCCUGCCAUACAAAUAGGCUUUAUGACAUACCUAGUGGAACCUCUCUUUGAUGAAUGGAGGCGAUUCACAGACAACACGCCCCUCACAGAGGCCAUGAUGAAGCACCUCAGGAAGAACAAAGCCAGGUGGAGGGCACUGCAUCACAAUCAGCACCACAGGGGUGAUGAUGGCUCUGGCCAGCGCAGCGAAGUGGUUGAAGCAGGACCGUAAUCUUGUAACAGGCAUCACUCAAUUAGGAUGUUGCUGUUUGAACUCUUCAUGGGAGGCGUUGGUGUUGAGAUCUAUCAAAAUGUUACAGGGUGCUCUUUUAAGUGUUACCAAUGGCAGAGAAGAGAAACAGAAAGACUGAGGAAGAAACAACCAAAUCCUCUGCUCUCUCCCCCCCCCCCAUCUUGCAUUCAUUUUGGAUUUGGUGGUCUCACUUCCUCUGAAACGUAAUCAAUCAACCAAGUUUGUUUUCCAAUGUGACUCCAAUGGAAGAAUACCAUGGGUGAAGGAGGAUAAGAGGCAACACAAGUAAAAAACUGACAAAUCUUGCUGUAAAACAUGGCUGAAGUGAACAUUCAAACAGCAGCUGGGCUGCACACAAAAUAAAACCAGUAUACAAACUCAAAUAAGGUAUUUUACACAUUUUUGUAGUUUGCACCAGCCACUGGUUGAGCUUUCAUACUUUGGACAAGUUUCCUUUUUACACAAGUUUAAAUAGUUGUUGUUGCCUCAUUUUGUAUAAGCAAAAUAUGGUAUGCUUUCUAUUAAAAGAGAAUCUACUGAAAA